AUGUGCUUCCACUCGUCAUUCCCUGUGCAAUUCAAGCCCCAUACCAUCAGCCCAGAGCCUCCUCUAGGUUGUCUCCUCCACUCCUUGACCAAGUUUGAUUUUGAUCAAGACGCGAAGCACUAUGAGACGAGCUCCAGCAUCACCCAAUGCAAGAUAGUGGCAUCUUACAACUGGCUUGACAGAAGAGAAGCUACAAUCAUCGUUCCAGGAAAACCGCCCAGAUGGACACCUCCCAUCCAAGCUCGCCAGCUCAAGCCCGACAGCGGCGAGUAUUUUCGGGAUCGGAACGCGGCUAACUUUCCUAUACACCCCAUUGAGCCUGCUGUCGUGGCCGCUCUGACGAUGGACCCGGACGCAGCACGAGAGAUCGACGUCGUCACCUGCAGCAGCACACUUGGCAACCUCCUCCGCUUCCUUAGGGAGGAAGACAAGAGAUUCCGUAUGCUCGUCGAGCUCGUCGGCAACACCGUCUUCUUCGUUCGGCGUGAGAAUACGCCUCGGGAGCUGAUCCCUGGGGUCAAGGGGUUCGGCCAUUCCUUUCCCGAGGCGUACACCACGUGGGACCCUGAGGUCAGGGGAUCGACUUCGCAUCAGCGGGUUCUCUCGUACCGCUUUGGAGGGUUAGGAUGUCUGGUACGAUUCGAAAGCGAUGGAUAUAUUGUCGAUAAAGAUGAAGAAAGCAUACAAAACCUCUCAGAACACACCGGCCCAGCUGUCGCCGAAACGGCUGAGGACUUGUUAGCCGCUUUUUCGGGAGGCCGUGUGACUUUGAAGCCACCCACGGACUACAACAGAGGCCUCAAAGUGAUCCGAGCAGGCCGUCUCAUCGAGCAGGACAGCAUCUUUGAGCUCAAAACGCGAUCCACCAGGCGUAAGGAGGCAGGCUUUUCCGAGGACACAUUUGGAGUCCAGCUGCCAAGACUGUGGGUGGCUCAAGUGCCCAGAUUCCUUCUCGCAUACCACACUUGGGGAUUUUUCAAGGAAGAGGACAUCACGAUCAAAGAUGCCCAGAAGGAGGUCAGUGCCUGGGAAAAGGAGAACGUCGACAUGCUCUCACGCCUGGCAGCUCUGAUGCAUCAUGUCAUAGCUCUGGUGAGGACAAGGCCUGAUUCGAAGUUGGAGCUCCGUCAUGACGCCGUUGGAAUCCUCGAAGUACGCGAGCAGCUUCCGGACGCUGGAGAUGCGCUAUCUCAGCAGGCCCGGGCAUCGUGGGUGAACGAUGUAGAGAGUAUUCAUGACAAUACCUCUGGUUUCGGGACCGCUGGUACAGAUCUCAUUGAUUUUGAAUCAGAAGGCUAUGCUGAAAAGAGUGGGGAUGAUGACAAGUUCACGCCCGACUUCACUGCAUGUUCAGCAGAUGGCUGCGGAUACUGUGGACGAUGCCCAUACUGA